AUGCUUGCGCAAACAUUCCCUGCCAUGUGGUUGAGCGGACACGACUUGAAAUGGCAAGGGAGCGACUACGUGCGGUGGUCCCCCGACACAUGCUACAACCCCGACGAGUCUGCUAUUCCUCCGGAAUGCUCCGACCCAGAUUGGCAAGUCACGGAUAUCUCCGAUUCCAUGAAAGAUGUUACUAGAUUGUACGAUAAAAGUUUGCUAUGCAGCGAGUGUUUCAUUCAAAUGUGGCGACAACGUUUGAUGUCUCCAUUAUUGCCAAAGGGAGAGCAUACCGAGUAUCUACUCAAGCAGUAUGACGCCAUUCAGAGUUACUGCUCUAAAUCACUCGCAGUUACAACUUAUGGUACAACUCUUUCUGUGGCUACUCCGACGGCGACAGCAGAUUCCACCAUUGCUAUGAGUUCCACGGCGAGCGCAUCAUCUGCCUCAGCAUCGUGCCUCGGCCAGCUGAUUCAACCUUUUGAUAAGUACUAUCGAUCGUGUUUUGAAAUCUCCGAUACGUAUAAUGUCAGCACAGGUGCCAUUGUUGCAGCCACGGGUGAUCAAAGUUGCCAGUUUGACUCGCCCAUCUGUCUUCCCCUUCCUUGUGAGAUUGAUAUCGUGUGGGGCAAUCCCAGUUGCCAAGCUCUAGCUACACGGUACUCCACCGAGAGCAACAACAUUACUUUGACUCAGUUCAUGUCCUGGAAUCCAACUAUACUAGGCUCGUGCGGAUUUGUUAAUCAUGUUCAACGGGUGUGCAAAAGGUUCGGUCACAGCCCACCAGGAGGACAAUUUACUGCUACUGCAGUUAUCUAUGCCCCAACUGCAGUGGGCUCAUAUUAUUCGAUUGUCUCAACGGUGAAUGUGGAGGUCCUAGGGAACAAGACUGGUGUUGGCACUCAGUUUGGAGACUGCUGCUCAACUUCGGGGUACUGUGGAAGCACUGCCGAGUACUGUGGUGCCGGUAAUUGCUAUUCCGGAGCAUAG